AUGACAGUCGAACGGCCCAAAGACGAGUCGGAAGAAGACUCCAGCCUAUCGUCCGAACAAAUUGACGUAGGGCAUACGGUGGCAAAAGCUGUCUUACACGAUGCAAAUGUUUCGGCCAAUCCCUUUUCGGAUCCCCAGAUCCGAGACUACUACGUUGGUGUCUAUGAGAAAGCAAAAUACGAGUGUCGACAUGUCUUCGACGCGGGUGCCACAUGGACAGAAGAAGAGGAGAAGAAGAUGGCCAGGAAACUUGACUGGCAUGUAUGCUUAUGGGCAUGCGUCAUGUUCUUUAGUCUACAGAUUGAUCGUGGAAACAUCAAUCAAGCCGUUUCGGGAACCUUUUUAAAAGAUCUUCACCUUAAUACUAAUGUACUAGAUUUCAAUCUUGGGAAUACCGUGUUCCUGGUGUCUUUCCUUUUGGCCGAGUUACCAUCUCAAUUAAUCUCGAAGAAGUUUGGUCCCGACCGCUGGAUUCCUACCCAAAUGGUUAUAUGGUCUAUAGUCGCCAUGGCGCAAACUGGGCUUCGAGGCAGAGCCGAUUUUCUUGCAACUCGUGCUCUUCUUGGAAUGCUUGAAGGCGGUUUCAUCCCAGACCUAGUACUUUGGCUCUCCUACUUCUACACCGGCCGGGAGCUCCCCAUCAGGCUGAGUUUCUUCUGGACAGCCUUGAGCAUUACUGGCAUCAUUGCUUCUCUUCUUGCCUUCGGAAUAUUCCAUCUCGAAGGCCACCACGGUCUUGCAGGUUGGAGGUGGAUCUUCUUAAUCGAAGGAACGCUCACACUUGUUAUUGGCAUUGUGUCCUUCUUCCUUAUGCCGGCAUCUGCAGCCCAGACAAAGACGUGGUUUCGACCCAAAGGAUGGUUUACCGAUCGCGAACUUACUAUUGUGGUGAACCGAGUGCUACGAGAUGACCCUAGCAAAGGCGAUCACCCACGUCGACUGUGGACUGCACUGAAAGAUUAUGAUCUCUGGCCGCUUUAUAUGCUCGGUGUCAUCAACCUUGUUCCACAGGCGCCACCCGCUCAGUAUCUCACGCAAAUUCUUCGGAAUCUUGGGUUUACCACUUUCGAAACCAACCUCCUUACAAUCCCAUCAGCAGUGGGCCAUAUGAUCACUCUUCUCGCCGGCACCUGGCUAAGCGAAAAAUUUAAUCAACGCGCGCUUUUCGCCAUGCUACAACCCCUAUGGACCCUUCCUUGCAUCAUUGCUCUCCGAGUGUGGCCAGGUCUUAUGAAAGAACAAUGGUCAACUUAUGCUCUACUCGUCGUGUUACUAAGUUAUCCAUAUGCUCAUGCUAUUAAUGUGGCUUGGGUGUCGAGAAACUCGAAUAACGUUGGCUCUCGCAGCGUAUCUGCCGCUCUAUUCAAUAUGAACAUUCAAAUUGGCGGCAUCAUCUCGGCGAACAUCUAUCGGGAAAAUGACAAGCCGCUGUAUAAGCGAGGCAACCAGGCCUUGAUUGGAAUUAACGUACUGAGUAUUGCUCUGUUCCUCUACGCAAAGAUAUACUACGUCGUAAAGAACAAAAUUCGUGAGCGCAAAUGGAAUGCGAUGACUCCUGAGGAGCGCAUCGACUACACAUACAAUACUACGGACACUGCCAGUCGGCGACUCGACUUCCGAUUUGCCCAUUGAGACUCAAUUUCGGAUAGAUCGAGCUCUAUACGGCUUCACUUAUCCGUGUGGAAGCAUUAGCCAGUAACUGCGAACUGGCUGACAAGAUCUCGUUCAAACUUAAUUUAGUAGUUAUCCGUAUUGGCAGA